UGGUCAGGCUGGUCUCAAACUCCUGGCCUUAGGUGAUCCACCCGCUUCGGCCUCCCAAAGUGCUGGGAUUACAGGUGUGUUUUUUGUUUUUUUUAGAGAUGGAGUCUCACUAUGUUGCCCAGGCUGGCCUUGAACUCCUGGACUCAGGUGAUCCUUCUGCCUCAGCCUUCCCAGUAGCUGGGUCACUGUGAUGAUUUUAAUUGAAUUCUGUGGUGUGUAAGAAGACCAGCCUGCAAGGCAAGCACAGAUGGGGCAGCUUUUGUUCUGAGAAAUUCGUGCCCUUACUGAACUUGGGUCUGGCUAUUUUUGGAAUAUGGCCAGCGUCCAGUUCUAACCCACGACACGGUCUUUUUGGAGUAGCAUGAACUCAGGACAAAGCUGGCUGCAUAGUCAAACCCUCACCCCUUCCAUCCUGCGCACACACUGUUUCAAGUAACAGAUGUUCCAGGCAGAGCCAGCCAGAGUGAGCUGUUCCUCAUCUCCACCAACCCCUGCAAUCUCUGCCCGAGUCCCCCUCCUUCCAUCCGCCUCCCCUUACUAGAGUCUCAGCCCUUCCUCCUCGCCUGGAAGUCUUGCCCCCGCCCCCUUGUGCUGGCUCGAGCUCAGGCCUCUUCCUUUGUCGCAGCUCCGCCCAGUUGAACACACCCACCCGCUGGGGAAGGUGCCUCUGUUCCCUCCCCACGCACUCUGGGCCUAGCUGACAGAGAUGGACCAUCGAAAAGCCAGGGUCCUCCCAGCUGGGCACUACUGCCCCUCACUAGGAAUAUGGGCCUCGCAGGCUGGCAGUGUGAGGUUCUCUGUGGCACCUUCCAUCAGCAGGAACCUGGCCAUGGUGAACGAAGCCAGAGGAAAUGGCAGCCUCAACCCCUGUUUGGAGGGCAGUGCCAGCAGUAGCAGCGAGAGCUCCAAAGACAGUUCGAGAUGUUCCACCCCGGGCCUGGACCCCGAGCGGCAUGAGAGACUCCGGGACAAGAUGAGGCGGCGAAUGGAAUCUGGUGACAAGUGGUUCUCUUUGGAAUUCUUCCCUCCUCGAACUGCUGAGGGAGCUGUCAAUCUCAUCUCAAGGUUUGACCGGAUGGCGGCAGGCGGCCCCCUCUUCAUAGAUGUGACCUGGCACCCAGCAGGUGACCCUGGCUCAGACAAGGAGACCUCCUCCAUGAUGAUCGCCAGCACCGCCGUGAACUAUUGUGGCCUGGAGACCAUCCUGCACAUGACCUGCUGCUGUCAGCGCCUGGAGGAGAUCACGGGCCAUCUGCACAAAGCCAAGCAGCUGGGCCUGAAGAACAUCAUGGCGCUGCGGGGAGACCCCAUAGGUGACCAGUGGGAAGAGGAGGAGGGAGGCUUCAACUACGCAGUGGACCUGGUGAAGCACAUCCGAAGUGAGUUUGGUGACUACUUUGACCUCUGUGUGGCAGGUUACCCCAAAGGCCACCCUGAAGCAGGGAGCUUUGAGGCUGACCUGAAGCACUUAAAGGAGAAGGUGUCCGCGGGAGCCGAUUUCAUCAUCACACAGCUUUUCUUUGAGGCUGACACAUUCUUCCGCUUUGUGAAGGCAUGCACCGACAUGGGUAUCACUUGCCCCAUCGUCCCCGGGAUCUUUCCCAUCCAGGGCUACCACUCCCUUCGGCAGCUUGUGAAGCUGUCCAAGCUAGAGGUGCCACAGGAGAUCAAGGACGUGAUUGAGCCAAUCAAAGACAAUGAUGCUGCCAUCCGCAACUAUGGCAUCGAGCUGGCUGUGAGCCUGUGCCACGAGCUUCUGGCCAGUGGCUUGGUGCCAGGCCUCCACUUCUACACCCUCAACCGCGAGAUGGCUACCACAGAGGUGCUGAAGCGCCUGGGGAUGUGGACUGAGGACCCCAGGCGUCCCCUGCCCUGGGCUCUCAGCGCCCACCCCAAGCGCCGAGAAGAAGAUGUACGUCCCAUCUUCUGGGCCUCCAGACCAAAGAGUUACAUCUACCGUACCCAGGAGUGGGACGAGUUCCCCAACGGCCGCUGGGGCAAUUCCUCUUCCCCUGCCUUUGGGGAGCUGAAGGACUACUACCUCUUCUACCUGAAGAGCAAGUCCCCCAGGGAGUUGCUGCUGAAGAUGUGGGGGGAGGAGCUGACCAGUGAAGAAAGUGUCUUUGAAGUCUUUGUUCUCUACCUCUCGGGAGAGCCAAACCGGAAUGGUCACAAAGUGACUUGCUUGCCCUGGAACGAUGAGCCCCUGGCAGCCGAGACCAGCCUGCUGAAGGAGGAGCUGCUGCGGGUGAACCGCCAGGGCAUUCUCACCAUCAACUCACAGCCCAACAUCAACGGGAAGCCGUCCUCUGACCCCGUCGUGGGCUGGGGCCCCAGCGGGGGCUAUGUCUUCCAGAAGGCCUACUUAGAGUUCUUCACUUCCCGUGAGACAGCGGAAGCGCUUCUGCAAGUGCUGAAGAAGUACGAGCUCCGGGUUAAUUACCACCUUGUCAAUGUGAAGGGUGAAAACAUCACCAAUGCCCCCGAACUGCAGCCGAAUGCUGUCACUUGGGGUAUCUUCCCCGGGCGAGAGAUCAUCCAGCCCACCGUAGUGGAUCCCAUCAGCUUCAUGUUCUGGAAGGACGAGGCCUUCGCCCUGUGGAUUGAGCAGUGGGGCAAGCUGUAUGAGGAGUCGUCUCCAUCCCGCACGAUCAUCCAGUACAUCCACGACAACUACUUCCUGGUCAACCUGGUGGACAAUGACUUCCCACUGGACAACUGCCUGUGGCAGGUGGUGGAAGACGCACUUGAGCUUCUCAACAGGCCCACCCAGAAUGAGAGAGAGACGGAGGCUCCGUGACCCUGUGUCCUGACGCCCUGCGCUGGAGCCACUCCUGUCCCACCUUCCUCCUCCACAAUGCUACUUCUCUGGGAAUCCCACUCUCCUUCAUGUCUCCCCCACCCCUGGCCUCCACUCCCCCACCUGACGAUGGCAGCUAGACUGGAGUGAGGCUUCCAGGCUCUGGCUGGACUUGAGUUGGCCCCACAUGGGAACCUAGUACUCCCUGCUCUAGCCAGGAGUCUGUGCUCUUUUGGUGGGGAGCACUUCUGUCUUGCAGAGAACCACAGCGGGUGGCACCUCCUGAGAAGGCGAGGAGAGUGGUUGUUGCCAGCUAAGCCCUCGAACCAAGGCAGCCUCCUGAGCCAGCCUGGGACUCCCGGUGAACUUACACUUGGAGCCUGUGCAGUACAGGCAAAACACGCAUGGGCGCCAGGCACUGGUGGCAUCGUAGAAGAGAUGUGGCAAAGUGCUGUACCCUUCCACCUCCUAGAGGUGGGCAGCUGGGCCCCACCUACUUGUGAGUGAAGGGCCAUACCACUGCCCUGCCUGCCCGCUUAGCCGUCCAUGGCACCAGCCCCCUGGAUGGGCAUUGGGCUGACACCUACCAUGCUGCUUUCUGGCACAGUUGUCUAUUCUGAGCUUUGAGAGAAAAAGUACCCCUUAAGGGUUGACAGCAGCAGUCUGAACCCUUGUGCUUGGUGGGGGUCGUGGCCUUCCCCUUUUCCCUGGCUGUGGAGGCCUAAGGCUACCCCGUUCCCUGUCAAAAGCCAAGAUGAGAUUCACCAGCACAGGGGCCCCAGACCUGCCUGGGGCUGUGCAGCA